AUGAAAACAGUGAUUCAGAGAGAAAGCAGCUAUCAUAGUCUCCCGCAUCGACCUUCAAUAGAAGACAAUGAAACAAGGUGCCAUCAAAUUCUGGAGUGCAGGAGACAAAUCAACAGCUGGCAAGACAAAUUGAAAAGAUUGCUCGUUGAGCAAGAGAGGUAUUGCAAGUUGACAAAGCUGAAGUGUGCUGGGCUUGAGAUCCAUACUACCUGGAGCGACCUAUCGUGGAGUGAAAAACAAGACAAAGACUUUAUUCUUGUUGCUCUCGAGUCGAAUGAGCUGCCUCACGAGUUGAAGAGCUUUGAUGAAGAUGUCUUUCCAUUGCAUAUUCGGACUGACCCAGAAAUAUUCAUGGCAAGAGUUCACCAUGAGUGCUUUGAGAGAGCAUUUCGCACUGCAGGAUUUGUUGUGCCUGCCCCACUUUGCGACGACAAAAGCAUCAUGUUGGAAGUUGUGCAGCGCCAGCCCUUAGUUGUCAAGUCCAUGCCGGGACACUGGAGGGAUGAUAAAGACAUAUUUCGACAUGUUCUCAAAAGCCGUGAACUGCCGUCUGAGCUGUUGCAAUUUUUCUCCAAAGAUAUCCGGUCAGACGCAGAGCUUAUGCUUGCGUUAUUUCAGCAUCAAGAGAGUCAGCUUUCUUGGAUGAGGGAUUGUUCUGAAAGAUUGCUAGAUGACAAGGACUUUUUAAUCAAUGCCGUAAAGAGCUUUCGCAGUCAAUCUAACGAGGACGUGGAGGAAAGGCAGUAUGAGUUACAAAUCCACAACGAAAGGCCUGAGAAUCAAUCAUUAAUGUAUGCAUCUCAACGACUGCGAAGCGAUUUCGACGUCGUUAUGGGCUGUGUCCAACAACUGGGUUUGAAUCUUCAUCAUGCAUCUGGUGAUCUUCGGCGAAACGAGAAGAUCGUGAUGGCAGCUUGCGCACAGAAUAGCAAAGCAUCAGAUCACAGUCGAAAGUGUGGUGUACCAGCGGACGUGGAGAGGGACCUCCUGAUGGAAUAUCAAGAGUUCGCAAAAAGCAUCAUCAAAGGAGCUUCUACUGAAAGCCUCAAGUUAUGUCUCGACAAAUAUGGAGGCGACGAAAGUUUCUGUUUGCACUCAAUUUCUAAUAGAAAUUUGGAAUGGUCAAUGAUACCAGAGGUAUUUCGAUCCGAUGCAAAUUUUGUUGCGAAGACAGCUGCAUCUCUGUCAAGGCGAUUAUGGGAAGCUCUUCCCCUCGAGAUGAAAACCAAUAUCCAAGUCGCAUCUGCAGUUGUAAAGAGGGGAUAUAUUGACCGUACCAUCAUUUGGGAUGUCGUUCACAAGUGCCCUGAGGUUCUGUCAGACCGCAACUUGGUAAUGGAACUGAUUGCAAGACAUUGUUUUUAUACCGACUUGCAUCCACUGAUAGUUGCGAACUCAGUCAUUGACAUCCGAAAUGAUAAGGCCCUCAUGCUUUACGCUAUCAAGCACCAACCGCGUUUUUGGGAAUACUGCUCCGACGAACUUCGAGGUGAUAGGGACAUUUUGAUGGCGGUCGCCAAAAAAUCCGCUGCUUCAUUGCAUAUCGUGUCAAGUACCCACCAACUGGACCAUCCCGAAUUUGUUGCUUGCGCGAUUCGAAAUCAUAGGGCAAUGAAUAUAUUCUCCCAUCAGAGACCUAUGUACAAAGACAUUCGGAGAGAAAUGUGGCAUAAUCGAGCAGUUGCCAUGGCAUGGUUAGAAUCCGGAGGAGAAUGGAUGGGUUUGGCUUUUCCACCGUAUUUCACGGAAGACAAGGCGAUAAUUGUUACCGCGACAAAGCAUUUCUGGAUUCAAUUUCAGUGGGCAUCCGAUAUGCUGAAGAGUGACAAAGCUUUUGUGAUUCAGGCGUUGGCAGUUGAUGCACGGAUUAUUCGAUAUAUCUCCAAAGAGCUUUUGUUUGACAGGGACGUUAUGAUGGCAGCAUUCAGUAGGGAUGUUCGAGCUAUUGAAUUUUACGCAGAAUGCGACGAACAGUCGUUUGCUUUCCUCGUAUCUUUUGCUCAGAAAAUACGAGAAAGACUUCGGGAAAGUCGAACCUUCCAAGAUGACUUUAUUGAAGCAGCAAAGUGCCCUUCACCAGAGAAUGUUGAUUGCAACCUUCCGAUGCUUAAUCAAGGGCCUGUUAUGCUAGCAACGUAUGAAGAUAAGAUUGCAUCGUAUGCUGGAAUACUGCAUGAAGAGGAGCUUUUACAAUAUGAGGCUACAUCUCAGCACUUGGCUGCAUGGGGCAUGUGA